AUGUCUGGAGCUAAUAUGGUUCCUUCUCUUGAUAAGAAGACAGAAAUUGCAUAUUAUGAUCCUUUUGAUGUUUUAAGUGAAAUACGUGAUACAUUUGUUAGUCAAUUUCCUCUUACCAAGCUUCAUUGGAAUCACCCUCUUCGUCCUCUUCGAACAAUAGAAAAAUUAGAUGUCGACCUAGUUGAAGAAACUGCUAAUUCUUUGGCAACACCCAAGCACCAAAUGCUGGGGUUAUCUCCAGAGCCAUAUUUGAAAAUUGCUUUUGUUAAAUGUGAAGAUAACGAUACUUAUCGUGGAACAAUCAGGAAAAUUAUCCGCGAGUGGUUUGAAAAAAAUGUAACAGGAGUGCGUGAUCCCACUGAGUGGCUAAUUGUUCAUUAUGUUCCUUCCGGUGGAAAAACAUCUUCCAGCACUCGUUUUAAAUAUGGUGUUUUUGACAAAAUAAAGAUUGAUUUUAACACUGAUUCUAAACAAGACCGCGUUCUUCAAAUCCGAAAAGAUUAUUCGACAGACCAAGCUAGAACUGAAGCAUGGAAAGAAUUAAUGACAAAAAUAAAGGAAGGUCUUCUUAGUUCUUUCAGCAAACGUGUUGACCUUUAUCAAAACGAAGUCAAUAAACUUGAAACAGAAAAACACGUCUUGGGAUGGAAUUUUGGGAAAUUUUUUAUAAUGAAGGAAGGAUUGGCGUUAGCAUUUGAGCGAAUGAAUCUAUUUGAAGAUGCUUUGUUACUUUACGACGAAUUAGAAGAGGCUUUCACUCAAAUUCAACAAUCGAAGGCAAUUACAUUUUUUUCUGACAUAGGGUUUGAAAAACUACCAGAGCCGCUACUAUCUCUUCAGAACAACACGACAAUGCGACAUUCUAUACUUUCUAACACUGUUUCUUUAUUUGAUUUUCAAUCUUAUCUUUUUUCACGACAAGCCUAUUUACUUUUGUGCAUUGCAAAGUCAGCCCCUUCACCUUCUAUUGGUUUUAUGAAAAUUGGGGAAUUGUUUUUAAGACUUAGAUCAUUUCUGGGGGAGAUGACAGGCCUACUUUUGUCUAAUAAAAAAAACCAAUAUUUAGUAGCUGAAUGGAUCUAUAAUGUGGCACAAGAGUUUCUUGCAUCAACAUCAUGGGUUGAAAGUUCGGUAGUCAGAGAAGUUGCUGAAGGCCGAGGUGAACUUAUUGUGAUUUUAAGAACUUCUUUAGAAACUAUUGCGGCUUCUGAAGGGUGGGUUAUUGAAGGUGUUUUGUCAGAUAUUUCAUUGGAAGACAAUUUUGUUAAGGAUAAAAAUUAUAAAAUUACAAAUGAAAUCAUGAAAAGCAAUCUUACGAGCUCUUCAAUAUUUUUUGAAGAAUACAGAAGUUUGACUCUACAAGCUUUAGCUGAAUUUAAAAUGACCGAUAAAGGAAGGAUUCAAACCCGAUUAACGGCACAGUUGGCUCUUCUGGAAUAUCAAUUAGGAAACUAUGAAUCUACAGCAAAACUUUUAAGGACAAUUCCCGAUAUAUUUCGAAGUGAAGGUUGGGAUCUUGUCUCAACUUCGCUGCUAAUGAUUUAUGUCAAUUGUUUAAAGCAUUUUGAUCAAAAAGAAGACAUGUUAAUACACUCUUUAGAGUUACUUUCUUGUCACCCAUAUUUGGCACCUGAAGACGUUAAAGAGAGAAUUGAUGUUGUUCAAUCAUUAGCUGAUUUAGUUUCUUGCUCUACUAGUCUUGACAAUUUUUUUACUACAACCAUAGACACUAAUGUCACAUCUGUUUCUGAUUCUGAUACCUAUAUCUUACGAGUCACUUUUUUAAACCCUUUAAAGUUUCCUUUUCCUAUUAAUAGUGCAACAAUAACCAUGAGAAACGUCAACGACUCAUCCGAUGUCCUUUCUUUUGAGGUUAAGGGUGCUAAUCCUAUUAUUCUUCAGCCUGGCAAUACUACUCUUAAAUUUGAAAAUAGGAGAUUUGAGCAAGUCAAGUUUAAAAUUACGGCGUUAUUUAUGAUUCGAGGAAAGCUUUCAUUUACUAAAAACUAUAGUGAUCAAGCACCUAUUUUACUUCAGCUAUACACCUCAAAGAAUAAUUUUCAUGCACGUUAUCAAGUUCCGGAAACAUCCAUGUUAACAGAACGGAGAAUUGGGAUAUUACUUGAACCCGGAAUCAAUGAUGUCAUUGGAGGUACUGUUGCUUUUAAAUCGAUAACACCUGGAUUAAAGCUUAUCCCUCAAAAAGCAAGAAAUGAAACUUAUAUUAGCAAUUUAACUACAGUAAAUGUUAGCGACAAUCGUUCAUCAGUUAUAUCGUUUACUAAUAUUGGAUCUGAUCAAAAAGCAAUGAUAUCGGUCCCUUAUGCCAUUGAUUUUGACGUAAUGAGCGUUAAAAUUCGAGCUAUAAUCAAUUAUAAAACAGAAAAAGGCGAGUUUCAGCAUAUUUUAGAGGAUGUCCUAGAUAUAUCACUAGCACUUUCUGUUAACGUUCAGGAUUUUUAUAAGGGAGACAAGCUUUUUUCGAAGUUUUUGAUUUCUUGCAACCACAUGGAAAAACCAGUUCGAAUUUUAGAAACAAAUUUAAAAUCAACCAAGAAUUUUACCACCAGCACCCCAUCAGGUACCAACAAACCAUGCAUUUCAUAUCCAAAUGGCCCGGUUUCAUACGUUUUUUGCAUUAAAAAGAAUCCAGACGCACCUGCAGUGGUUGAAAGUGUUCCAUUAGUUAUCAAACAUAGAUAUAUUAAAGAUGAGUGCAUUUUAGAUGUUGCAAAAGCACUUUCUAAAAUUAUAAGCGGAACGCAAUAUAGUCGCUAUGAAUUACUUCUAAAAAAAUCCUUACACAUGUUAUCUUUCGAUAUUAUGGCAUAUCUUAGAUCGGGAAAAGUCAUAAUUCCUGAGAAUUCGUGGAGUUAUAUAAGCACACUUGACACACUCAGUAUGCUAGGUUCUGCCGAAAAGACAGAACUAAUACAACUCUUGGAUAAAAACGUCAAUAAAUGUCUUCGGUCGUGCUCAUGUGAUCCAAAAAAUGAGAACUACUAUCAAUCAAUAACACGAAAUUUAAUAAUUCCAGUAUCUAUUCCUCAAGUUCACGUGGUACACAACAUAGAACUGCUGCUACCUUCCGAAGAUCAUUUUGUUGUUGGAAAAUCGGUUACUUGUGAUUUAAGCAUAGCAACUGUACAAAACUGGGCACCUUCACUGUCUAAAAAUUCUUUAAACGAACGCAUUAAGUUCAUUUAUGAUCUUGGAAUUUCUGAAAAUUGGGCAUUUUCCGGGAAAAAGAAAUCGUUCUUUGAAAUAAAUGGUGAAGGGAAUGAGCAAAACUUCAAGCUAACAUUGAUUCCGCUACGUACUGGAAAGUUGCUAUUUCCAAGAGUCGACGUUCAAAUGGUUCAAUCGACUUCGAAAGUUUCAUUUACCAUGGAAAUAAAUUAUAGAAACGAUUCUCAAUUUGCUGUAGUAGUUCCUGAGUUUAAAGAUAAGCUUACAUUGUCCUUUUAA